UAAACGCUAUGGAAUUAGCUUGCUGCUAACGUCAUCUAACGAGUGUAUUCUUUCCGCAUAUUUUCGAGUGCUGGCUGGCACGGACUGUAGCAAACACUGAACCCUGCACUGAACUAGUUAAUUGGUAGCAACGCAUGUAUUUUGGCAAACCUAGCGUUAUGGGCGUGUUUGUUCCUUAGUGCAAAUUCCAAGAAAGCGCCAGCUAGCAGGCUAACAAAUACUCUGAAGGGGCUCUGCUUCCGUUGUUUCCUCCAGGUGUCACGAUGCCCGUGGACUGGUUUGGAUACGGCUACGCAAGUCUUGUUGCUGCGGGUGGGAUUAUGGGCUAUGCUAAAGCAGGAAGCUUCCCUUCCCUGAUUGCCGGCCUUUUCUUCGGCCUGCUGUCUGCCAUAGGGGCGUAUCAGAGAUCUCAGAAUCCUAAAAACAUGUCGGUUUCUCUGGCUGCUGCUGGAAUCCUUGCUGUGAUCAUGGGAAUACGAUUUUUAAACUCUGGGAAGUUAAUGCCGGCGGGAGUAAUGACUGGAGCAAGUAUACUGAUGUUGGUGAAGAUUGGUUCGGACCUGUUAUAGAUGCAUCAUAAUGAAUCAUGGUCAUCGGGGACAACUCUCUUAAACGCAGUAAAAUCAUGUCUUUUCUUUCAACGCAUUCAUUCUCAUACAGAACCUACCUGUUAUCACAGAGAAACAGUUUAAUGGGUCACAUUUUGUUAACAAAAAAAAAAACAUAGUAAAUAAAAUGGCAAUUAUUUUCUCUAAAAACAA